GCAAGGUCUACGCUUGCACGCUUCCUUCCAACACUCUCAUUCUUGUCUUCAUCUUCGCGAUGGCAGCGGGGCUCAAGACUGUAAUAUUGCUAUCAUUCGUGCUCGCUGUUGGAUUUCUGUUAAUCAUACUCUCAUGUGCACUAUGGGCGAAUUGGUUGCCAUUGUUAGUUGGUGCGUAUGGCUUGCGUGUGUUGUCCGCUGGUAUUCUUAUCCAAGUACUCUCAGCGUUGACGUUCGUGCUUGCUCCUCUGCCAAAUGCCCUGUUUGCCCACUGCGGAGGAGACGAGUUUUCCUCAAGUGAAGGCGCCACGGGUCCUGUGGAUCUUGGCCGCUUCCUGACUUCAAUUGUUGUUGUUACCGGAUUUGCGCUGCCUGUCGUCCUCACUCAUUCCGAGGUCGUAAAACCAGGCGCUUGUGUAAUGUCCAUCAUCGGUGGAGGGCUGGUGUAUGGGACGAUAUUGGCGUACUCAGCAGCGUUCAGACAGGAAGAUGAAUAUGAUUGAGCGUUUGUACGCUUACACUUGAGUGUUGCAGUAUACGAAUAUAUCUAUAUCAUUAACAUCGAAUACCGAGAAGGAUUCGAAU